AUGCCUCUCUUUUCCAAUGUUCCCGCGCUCCGACUGACGCUUGCUUACGCCUUCCACGACCCCUCGAGUCUGCUUCCGCAUCAAACGAUCCCAACGCUGCUUUCGCUACCACUGCCUCUUGGUCCUUCUCUCCCCUCGCUCGAUGGUACGGGGCGAAAACCUACAAUAAGAGCCCUGGUCCUGGAUAAAGACAAUACCCUCUGCCCUCCUGAGACGGCCAAGUUGCAUCAGGCAUACAUCAACAAGAUCGAGAAGGUCAAGGAGUGCACCGAAUUCUCUCACAGCGCUCACAGCAUCCUCAUUGUCUCCAACACUGCAGGGAGCAGUCCGGCACCCGAGCAUGAGGCCGAAGCGAAGCAAUUGGAGCUAGAGCUUGGACUCCCUGUCUUGAGACAGCACCCCGACCGCAAGAAACCUUUCUGCGGCCCUGAUAUAUUGAAGUAUUUCAAGGACCACGGAGUCACGGAUAACCCAAGGGAAAUUGUCGUUGUCGGGGACAGGCUAGCUACCGAUGUGCUCUUGGCCCGGGAAAUGGGUAGCUGGAGUAUAUGGUGCCGGAACGGCUGGCGCAAUCCGGCCAUGCCAGGUCGAGAUUACAGAGGCUUUUUCAGCAAGACCGAAAGCCGGUUCGAGAGAAUCAUGACGAGAGGCUUCGGCAACACUGCUCCUCUACCCAAGGCUACAUGA